UCAGGUGAACUUCAGGAGCAACUUCAAGUUAUUAGAGAGGAAAAUGUAAGUAAAAUAAAUAGUCUUGUUAAUGCACUAUUGAUAUGCAGCAGUUCUUCAAAAUUUUUCCUGAAAUGUGUAAUGAGUAUAAGCUUUGGUGAGGUAGUUGGUUAACCUAAUCUCACAUUUUGGACAUGUAGUUGGUUAAUGAACUAACACUAAUGUAAGCUUCGUUGUAAAGAAGUGUGUUUCUCUUCACCUUAAGUUGCAGCUUCGUGUCAAAAAUGAACGGCUCUUUACCAAAGUGGCCUACCUGGAGAACAGAAUGGGUCACCUGGCCAACUCCAAUGCAGAUCUGUCCUGCAGGCUGGUUCAGAGUGAAGAAGAAAAACUGAAGAUAUCUAAAGAGCUAGUAGAAGAGAAAAUUCAGACUAACAAGAUGAGAGAGCAGUUUGAAGAAGAGAUGUUUGAGCUGAAAAACAAGAUACUGAACCAAGAUGGUGUGAUAUCACAACUUGAAAUGGAGCGAGACAAGUUAUUCAGGGAACUCCAGUCAGCAGAGGCUCAUCUGAAGGUGGGUGAGAAGGCUGGCCUGGACCUUUCAGAGGAUUAUGCCACACUGAAGAAGAAACACCUGGCUCUGGCUGAGGCCCAUCAUAAAGAGCUGGCCCAGAGUGAGGAGCUGAGUGCCGAGCUGCUGGCACUGGCUCAGGCUCAGGACGCCCUCCGCAGGCAGCUGGAAGAGCAGCAGCAGAGUGUGAAGACCACAGCCCAGGGUCUUCAUGGGGAGCUGGACAGGGUGCGGGCCUUGAUCAGCCGCAUGUCACAUAACAGAGUCAAGCCCGAGGAUCUGGCAGCAUUGAAUAAGGAGCAGAAAACUAUGGAGAAAACUCUCCUUGGAAAUCAAGAUGACAUCAAAGCCAUGCUGGAGAAAAUGAAAAACACUUAUGAGAAGCAGCAGAAGAAACUGGAAGAGAAAGUGGUGGCUAUGGGUAAAGAACACCAGGAGAACAAAAGAGUGAUCCAUAAAAACCAGCAGAAACUAUCUGAACAGAGUGUGGUUCUGAUGUGCUCUCAGAGCCAGGUGACAGAGAUGGAAGAAGAGAACUCAAAGCUGCAGCUUCAAAUCAAAGGGCUGAAUGAAGAAUACCGUACAAGGCUGGUUUGCUAUUUACAAGACUUAGCUGAGUACACUGACGGAUUUGGAGAAGGUAAAACCCCUUCAGCUCCAACUAAGAUGAGGGCAUUUGUUGACAGUAUGUUGCAGGAUGUGCGUUCAUCCUACAGGGCCAGGGAGGAGCAGCUUGCUUCUGCCGCUCGCUCCUAUAAAAAGAGACUGCAGAAGACCACCAAGACCCAUCAUGCCCUACUUAUUGCAUACAGGGUUCAGAGAGAGCAGAUCUUGGCCCAACCAGUGAGUGGUCUGGACCCUGGACCUCCAGAAGCCCACUUCAGUUUGGAGCCCACUGAACUGCAAGAUGUAGCUGAGAAGGAACUUCAGCACCUUCGUCAGGACAAAGCAAGGCUGGAGGGUCAGCUGCAAGUGGCCCGGGCGCAGGUGGCUGUCCUCAAAAUGCCUGUCCAAAAUAUAACCUAUCAAGAGUCGGCAAAACUGGAACAGUUAUGGGAAGAAUCCUGGCUGGACAUUAGGAAACAGCUGAAGGAGAUUACAGAGUCUACACUUGUGCGCUUUGAGAAGGAGCGUGCCCUUCUCAUCACCAGAGCAACAGUCGCAGAAGCGCAGGUGCUGGAGCUGCAGGACUACAUUGACAGCCACCUGGGCAGGUACAAACAGGAGAUCACACAUCUCCGCAGAUUACAUGGAACAGAGGAUGCACCUGGGUGUUCGCAAAGUGCUCGUUCAUCUCUCCAUUAGAAGCCUGACCAUCGUGUACAGCAAAAUAAUCUGAAGUUACACAAUUUAAGUUAAGUAAAUUCACAUAAGAAAUCUGAAAAUGAAAGCACUGCUGGUCUUAACAGUGUAUUUUUUGUAAAAUUAUACAUAACCUGGUGAUUGUAAGUAUUUUUAAUAGAUCCUCCAUAUAAAUCUAAUUGAAUAGCUUGUUCUAGGCAUUUAAAUGUAAUGUGUAUGUGACUUGUAUGUGGAUUUAUAUCAUCACUAGGUGGUGCUGCUCAUACUGCUGUUUUAUCCUGUGAAAGGGCCCCAGAGAAAUCUGGCCUUGAGAAGAAAAUGCCUGGAAUGUUUGUAAAGCUUAUGUCAAUUUCACGAGCUCAGGAGAAGAAAGCAUGGCGACAAUGAGGGGUCACCCUGGUGAGAAUAAUGUCAUUAAAUGUUACCCAGACACGUACACACUUGUGAAUACGUUCCCUCAAUGCCUUGCCGAGAACAGUGGGGAAAGCAAGCCGGGCUUUUUCCAGAAUGAAGCAUCAUAUUUAUAACCUCAGUGUUGGUGUGAAUAGGCAAUUAUUCCUUUUAAACCCCUUUAACAGUGACGGGAUUUGCAGUUUUGUUUUUCUCUCUGUCUUUUUUUUUUUUGUAGUUGUGUUUGGUGGCUGAGUUUCAUGCCACAGGUCACAUCUGACAUAAAUUUAAAAAUAGAAAGUCCUUUUAAAUGUGGCAUCAAAGUUAGUUUGUGUUAAAUUAAGCUUUUUGUUUAAAAAGGUUUAAGUAAAAAUACUCUGGGGAAUGAUGGGAAAAGUAGAGGAGAUGGAAAGACUCAUAUGCAUGUCACCCCAUUCGCAUUUUCAGGGGGCAUGCCAGCCAUGGGAGGGAGAGGGGGUUAGCAGGGGUGUGAAAGUUUGAGAGGAAUGGGAAG